CAUGAUCGAGGUUUAUUCAGCAAGGGAUGCCCACAGAGCCCAAAAGGCAUGCGACCAGAAGCAGCUUUUUCAGACAUCUCCAGUGAAGGAUCUUACCUAGCCGUAUGGCCUCCUGCCUCUGCCAAUUUAAAACUACUAUUGAGGUUGUCUGUCAGACAGUCAAGCUGCGUUGUGACAGUGAAUGCCUGACAGACGUCACACGUUGUGACGAAGAAACAUCUCUUGGGAAUGCAGAAGGAUCGUUGAUGAAGGUGUUACAAGCCCGGAAGAAGAACAACAGCACCGAGCUGAUUAUUGAGUCAGAGAGGGCAUCCUCAGAUAAAAGUGCUGUCAGCUUGUCAGGCUUCAUGAAUGAGCAGCUGGACUUUAAUAAUAAAAGUGAUAUUAUCAGUGCACGAAAUUACAUACUGCCUUACAUCUCAGAGGGAAAUCUAGGAGAUGUGGAAUCAACAUUAUUACCAUUCCUUCAACUUCUUUUUUCAAAUACACAAGAUGGAGAUAUGCUCCUGGGCCUUUUGAAAAACAAUACAAGGAGCCCUUCUGUUAAACCUGUACACAAGAAUUCAACUAAUAAAAAUAAAUUGAGGAAACUCCAUUUUCUGGAAAAUGUGUUAGAUGCAGAAACUCAAGAAAAAUUUGAUGAGGUUAAAAAGGAAGAAAAACCUGCCACGCGUACACGUUCCAACCUUUUAAGUGCCAUGUUUAAACGCUACCUCUAUCUAAAGAAAUUGGAAACUCCCCAACCACAGAAAGACAGCCCAGCAAAGACUGAGAGUACCGAGGAAAAGCUGCUGAGAGUGAACAGGGUCCUCAAGGGCCCAAGGGGCCUACAGAAAAUGCACCUCCAAGCAGUGGGAGAUGAGAGCGUCAGGGGGAAACAGAAUGCCCAGCCAUCUGUGGCGAGCACUGCCGAAGAAAGAAGGCUCAGGAGGCCAUCCCCAGGAAAGCGGAAACAGCUUCUCACGGUGCAGAGGCCCAGGAAGCUGGUGGGAAAGUCCUCCAAUGGGGAGUCUUCACUCAUAAAGGAACAGAAGGCAGCAGGCUCCUCUACCCUGAAACAGUACUUCAAGGUCAGGCCUUCUGCCUCCAUCCCUCCAAAAUCCCCAUCUGAGGUUAAAAGCAAAUCAAAAGACUUAUCCAACACUAUAGUUGUUUUAGAGGAUGCAAAGGCUAGAGUUAGAAAUAUUAAGGAUUUUGAACUAAUCUCACAUUCUGGGAAAAAAUACAUCUUCCAUAAAAUUAGGACUCAUCGGGUCCAGAGAAAACCCAAAGGCAAAAGGAGUCGAAAGUUCAGAAAGAAAAGUUCACUCAGUAGAAUGAUGCUUGCAAGCCCUCCGUUCUCUGUAGUGAGGAGUCUCAUAAAUUCCCCUCCGCGAGAAGCUGUUUCACCUUCAAGAGAAGUGACUUCUCAGGAAAAUCCUUUUCCAGAAUUAUUUUCUCUUUCAGACCCUUCUACAGAAAACACUACUUCAGAAAACAAUACUGCACAAAAUGUUUCUGAAGAAGUUAUUUCUUCAGGAAACUCUACUCUGCCCGGAGGAACCGGCCCUGAAAACACUACCCAUAAGGAUGUCUCCACUGCACAUUCUGCUGUUGCUGCAGACAACAGUAUGCCACCUGUUCAACACACCAACGAAACACAGUGGGAGCACCACAACACGGGCACUGAAUUAUCCUCUAAGCCCACAGGCUUCACUUUCCCAGGGCUCACAUCCCCGGGUGAUCAAGUUGAAACUCAGCUAAACCAGCAGCUACGGUCCCUCAUCCCCAACAAUGACGUGCGAAGGCUCGUUUCUCGUGUUAUCCAGACUUUGAUAAUAGACUGCUCGGACACCCACGUGCAGCUGGCCUGUGCCAACCUCAUCUCUAGAACAGGCCUCCUGAUGAAGCUUCUCAGCAAGCAGCAGGAAGUAAAGGUGUCCAAAGCGGAAUGGGAUAUGGGCCAGUGGAAAAGUGACAACUAUAUCAGUGAGAGCACGGAAGCCCAGAGUGAGCAGAAAGAGCAGGAGUCAAGUGAGCUCACAAAAGAAGUUCCAGGAUAUGGCUAUAACAACAAACUCAUCUUGGCAAUAUCUGUAACUGUAGUAGUGACGAUUUUGGUUACACUUCUCUGUCUCAUUGAGAUUUAUUCUCAUCGAAUUGCAAAAGGGGAAGAUAAGAAAAGAAGCAGAAGGGGCUUUUUUCGAUUUCUGCUGCAUAAGAGAAGCUCAGGGGAAAGUGAGAGUCAGGAGGGCUUUUUCGGAGAAGGCGGCCACUUUGGCUUAGGGAUAUGUAUAGGCCUCUCAACGCCACAUGCAAGGAAAACAUGGCACAGAAGCUACACGACAGGGAGUCUUCUGAUGAGGAUGAGAUAUUCUAUAAGGAUGCAGGGUAAAUGUAAAAGCCUUGGCAUUAUUCUUCUUACCCCAGGGAAGUCAUCAAAGCCCCAGCAGAGAAGCUUCUGGCUGCAUAUUGGGUUGAUGAAGGGGCGGGUGAGGAAAGUGAGACAACACACGAGACUGCCACAGAGUGAGCCCUGUUCUGCCUCAAGCCACCUGCAAAUUUUAUUUUCUAAUAUUGGCUUCUCAGCAUUGCUUGCAAAAUACUUAUUUUUCUCAUACUAAAAUGUAUAAAUUCAUAGCCAAGUCUAACCAUGUGGUAAGGAAUUAAAAUGUAAAUAGUUGAAUAUUUAUACACCACUAACAAGGGCCUGCAAGAAGAAGCAGAGCUGAAACUAGAAUCCCUCAUGGUAGCCAGUACUUCCACAAGAGGAAAUGUGGGCAAAGGAGGAUGAGUAAGAGGAUGAAGAGGGGCUUCCCUCCCUUGUUUCCCCAGUAUCAUCAGUCCCUGGGAACUGGAAAACAUACCAUCCUCAAGGGGCAUAGAUCAUUAAAUCAAAUAGCAAUUUAAUCUGGUGCUCUCUCUCCUGGUUCACCAAGUACCA